AUGGAAAUGAACAGUGCCCUAAGAGUGUUUUGGAAACAGAGGAAGUGGAAUUUAAGAAAAUCAAUAUUUGAUUCAGAUGUGUAUCUUCCACUUUCAAUCAGCAAAAAGUCUUCUAAAAAGAAAAAGUCAAAACUCUCGAAAAGAAUUAAAGACCAGGAGGAGCAGCAGGCCCAUGACCUCAUGAUCACAUUCCCCUGUUCCACAUGCAAACAGGAAAUUGAUAUACCUGGUAUUUUUGGUCAUAAAAAGCAACAUAUAGCUUUGGCUACGUUGGGUUUCCAAUGGAUGGGUGGAAAGACACCACAGCUCUCAAUGGUUGCUAGUCACAGACAGUUUAUAAUUUCUAAAGUAAUGUCAUCUUUUAUAUUCAAUGAAAAAAUCCUACAGAUAAUUAACGAUGCUUUUGAGGUACUUAGGAAGAAACAAAUACCAGGAUACUAUAAGAUUUUAGAUAGCAUUGACAGGAGCUCCACAAUCUCUCAAAAAAUCUGUCAUCUGUUAAUUAAAGGAGUAGCUAUUUGUGAAGACGGGAAUUCUACAUGGAGGCAUGACAUGAAUGAUAAAUACACUAUAAUGAAUAACUUUGGCAAUAAACCCAAUGUGUGUUUUUUUGGUUUGUUUGAUGGAUAUUAUGGUACUGCAGCAGUCGACCUUGCAUCAGUGGAACUACCAGUUUUACUCCUCCAUCAACUUGCCAAAUUUGAUCCUUCCUACCAAAUGACACCCGAACAGCAACAAAUGAUCGAUUCCUUUCAUACCGUGUUUAGAAAAGAAUACACAGCAAUCGAAGAUCUCUUCUCUUCCAUACACAAAAGGACAAGAGGGCUGAGGAGUGAGUAUGAGAACAUACACAAAGCCUUUGCAAAAGCAUUUUGGAGAAUGGAUAGACUUUUACGGCUUGGAAGGAAAGAAGUAUCUAGGAUUCGAUGGAGUGGCUGUUCUGCAGUUACUUGUAUAUUAGAGGGCAGCAUUAAAAAUCCUCAGGCUAAAAAAAAUUGGAAAGCAGCCAGUAACACUGAUAGAUUGACAGUCCCUUCUCCGACGACGCCACAGAUAGUUUCUGGAGUAUUACACAUUGCAAACACUGGUAAUGUGCAAGUAGUCUUAUGCAGAAAUGGGAAAGGUUUUUGUCUAACCAAAGAACAUACUACGCGAAACAUAAAUGAAAGAAGAAGAGUACUUCAGAAUGGAGCAGUAAUUAGCUCAAAUGAACCAUACGGGCUCCUAGAAGGGGAAACAGAAAUCACACGAGGACUUGGAUUUCAUGGAAAUCUCAGACUGAAAAAAUUCGUUAUCCCAGCUCCUCAAACUACUUCUGUCCCCAUUGAUGACUUAUGUCAAUUCCUUAUCUUAGCUACUAAUGGACUUUGGGAAGUUCUGGACAAAAAGGAAGUCAUUGCACUGACAAUAACAACGUUCCAGAUAUAUAAAGAAACAUACUAUUCUACCAAGCAAAACAAACCUCUAGCAUCCAAUACAUCUCUGCUUCUUCCAAUCAGUGUACCAAGCAUCAAUAAGUCAGAAAGUCACAUCAAUGUGCUGUUUAAGUGUAAGUCUGAAUCUAAAGAAUACAUGUCAACUACAAAUUCAAGUAAUUUGUUGGGUUCAAAAUAUUCAGAAAAUUUUUAUAACCCUGAAAAUGUUCAAAUAUUUCCACCUGAAAUGACUAAUCAUGAACCCUGCAGUGAGAAAGACUGUACAGAUGGUGGUAACACAAGUGAAAAAGAACUAUGCACUAAGAGUUUCUAUGAAAGUGCAGCUGAGUAUGUUAGCCAUAAACUUGUAAAUGCUGCUUUAACUGCUGGUUCCAGAGACAACAUUACAGUUAUGGUAAUAUUUCUCAAUGGAAUUAAUGAUCAGUUUCUGACAUAA